GAGACCUCUGUUGCUGGAUGUCAUCCCAAGUGUUCGACAGACCGUUGCCUUGGCUCUUGGGAGACUUGCUGAUCAUGACGUGGAGAUGGCAGAGGCAGUCGUGAAGGCUGGCAUUCUUCCACAGCUCAUAUGUUUAUUGCCUGAGGAGAAUCGUUACUACAAGAAAACAGCUGCGUUUGUGCUAAGAGCAAUUGCUAAGCAUUCUCCACAACUAGCUCAGGCAGUAGUUCAGUGUGGAGCUCUGGAAAUGCUGGUGGUUUGCUUGGAGGAUUUUGACCCUGGAGUCAAAGAAGGUGCAUCUUGGACAUUUGGUUAUAUUGCCCGACACAAUGCAGAACUGUCACAAGCUGUGGUGGAUGCAGGCGCUGUUCCUCUUUUAGUGCUCUGUAUCCAGGAGCCAGAAAUUGCUUUGAAAAGGAUUGCUGCUUCAACUCUCAGUGAUAUUUCAAAGCAUUCUCCAGAGUUAGCACAGACAGUAGUGGAUGCAGGAGCUAUCGCUCACUUAGCUCAGAUGAUCACGAACCCUGAUGCUAAACUGAAGCGUCAGGUGCUGUCAGCUCUAAGCCAAAUAGCAAAGCAUUCAGUGGAUCUUGCAGAGUUGGUGGUUGAAGCAGAAAUUUUCCCAGUUGUGCUCACAUGCCUGAAGGACUCAGAUGAAUAUGUCAAGAAAAAUGGUGCAACUUUAAUUAGAGAGAUAGCAAAGCAUACGCCUGAGCUUUCACAGUUUAUAGUAAAUUCAGGCGGAGUUGCUGCUCUGAUUGAUUGUAUUGGCAGCUGCAGAGGGACUGUCAGACUGCCUGGCAUCAUGACACUUGGUUAUGUGGCGGCUCAUUCGGAGAACCUGUCAAUGGCAGUGAUUGUCUCCAAGGGAAUAUCACCACUGAGUGCCUGCUUGAUAGAAGAACAUGAAGAUCAUAUUAAGGCAGCAGCUGCUUGGGCCUUGGGACAGAUUGGGAGACACACUGCUGAGCAUGCACGUCAUGUUGCGACAGCAAACGUGCUGCCCACACUGCUCGAUAUCUUUGUGGACACACGCAGCUCGGAAGAUCUUAAAAUGAAAACUAAGAAAGCCUUAAAGAACAUUCUUCAGAAAUGCACGUAUCUUCCAGCACUUGAACCACUGCUUCAUGACGCCCCUCCCAAUAUUAUGAAGCAUGUUAUUGGGCAGUUUAGUAAGGUGUUACCACAUGACAGUAAAGCCCGUCGUCUCUUUGUAACCACUGGUGGACUUAAAAAGGUUCAAGAAAUAAAAGCAGAACCUGGGUCACUUCUUCAGGAAUAUAUCAACACUAUUAACAAUUGCUAUCCAGAGGAAAUAGUAAGGUAUUAUUCCCCUGGAUAUUCUGAGAUACUUCUGGAAAGGGUGGAAAAUUACCAACCAGUUUUAUAAACUUCAGUGUUUUAUUAGAGCUGCAUUUCACAUUUAUGCCUUUAUGACUGUAGUACAAAUACAGCUGUUGAAAACCUUGCUUGAUUCUCAAAUCUUCCCCUACUGUUUGAAUUACUGAAAAAGCUCAUCAAGUCUCGCAAGUUAUAUUUUGUUCUUUAUAAAUUUGUUUGUUGCUAAGUUUUUGUUCCUUUUUGUUUUUUUUAACAUUGCUACCAGAUAUUUCCACAUAUAUGAAUGGACUUUCAUGCAGGAGUGAUGAUUUGUCACAGAAACUUUUUUAGAAUCAGUAAUUUCCUUUUCCUUCCACAAGAAAGUUUUGUUAUCUCAUUCAAAUUUUAGCCUUCUCAGUAUAAUUACCAUUUUCCCUUUUUGCUUUUGCAUGUUGUUUAA